CGCGCCAUGGCUGCUUUGCAGUUCCUGCUGAUGAUCCCGGCUUUGGGCAAUUUCCUUUUCACCUUCGGGACCGGCGUGGAGUUGAUCCGUUUUAUUUCCUUCCGUGCCGUCUUUUUGCAGCUGCCCGCGGGGGCCGCAGCCUCUCCUCCUCCCCACGGAACCGGCGUGAAUCCAAGUGACACCUCGAAUCCUCAGUGGAAAAUGGCCCUAAGAGAUCCCAAGAUUUUGAACUCGCUAACGGUGGAUGUGGGCCUGAUCGUCCUUUUUGUCCUGCAGCACAGCCUGAUGGCUUCUGAUCGGGUCAAACACUGGACCUGCAACUGCUUUGGGGUCUUGCAGAGAACGGUCUAUGUUUUUUGCACAGACUUAUCCCUUCAGUUGCUGAUGAGGUAUUGGCAGCCAGUACAGGAUGGUCCUAUGCUGUGGAACACAAACACCGAGCCAUGGAUCACUUGGGUUCCACUCAUCUGCUUUGUCCUUCAUUUCAUCUCCUGGCUAAUCAUCUUUAGCAUCAUUCUCAUCUUUGAUUAUGCAGAACUGAUGGGGGUCAAGCAGGUUUAUUACUAUUGCUUGGGCAUGGGAGACCCUUUGGCUGUGAAGUCUUCACGGGCUCUCCGUCUCUACUCCCACCUUCGUCACCCACUGUACGUGGAGUUUCUUCUUAUCCUCUGGGCUGUUCCCUGCCUCUCCCUUGACCGCCUGCUUCUGGCCUCCCUCUUCACGAUCUAUCUUACCUGCGCUCACAGCCUGGAUGAACAGGAUUACCUCUACCUCCGUGCCCAGCUGGACAAGAAGUUCCAAAUCUUCUCCCGGGAAGAGGCAGCAUAUGGGCGCUUGUUGGCUCAAAAUGGCCCCUCAGACUACAAGGACAAUUGAGUAACGGUCGGAUAGGUACCUGUUUUAGUUGCAGGGGUGGGGUCUGACUUUUGUGGGGGGGCGGGUGUCAAACUUUGCCAGGUCCCUGCUUACAAAGCACUGAAUAAUACGCCAUAUCUUGAUUGUGCUUUUAUAUAAAAAGGACUUGAAGAGCUACCACCCAAAAAUUUGUUUAUCUACUGGGCCAAGUCUCUUGUAACUCCCGAAAAGAAUCUUUCCUAAGCUAGUGUUCUCCAUUAUUAUGGAUUGGAACUUCAUUGUCCUCCACAGCAGUAUUAGAUAAAGAUGUUGGGGGUUUUAGACUUGAAAUAUUUGGAGAAUGUCAAAUUGGGAUAGUGUAGACUGAAACACACUAAGUUCUACUCGUAUUGUAGAUCAUGUAACAGAGGUGCUGUUUAGGAUCUUACUGGAGAAGAUUGGAAUAGCCAAUGCCUGGGUUGAUCCCACCUUAGAAUAUUAUGGAGAUCCGUUUUGAUCAUGAAUUUUUCUCUUACUCUGAGAAUUCUUAAUAAUGGUUGAAAUCUAGCUAUAAUUGGCCAGCUUCUAGGUUGGACGGUUGUGUGGAGAGCAAGAAGUUGGUUAAACAAAUGUGUGAAAAGAGGCAUCUCUAGAAUAUGUUUGCAAGAGGAUAGCAACCCCUUCUGAAUUAAAAAAAAAAGAGGAGGAACUGCUCUUUAGCGCUUUAAUGGCCUGCUUUGACUAAGAGAAUGUUUAAAAGGGUCCUUCUGAAAUUAAUAGCAUGUUUUUAUUUAUUUCAAAGGAGCUUUUACUGACCUCUUGCCACAAUUCUUAAUCAUAGCAUUUUAACCUCAACAUGCAAAUAAUUAAUUUUUAAAAAAAUAUUAGCAGCCAAGUGCACUUAUUUGGAGGAAUAUGUUAUUAAGGGAUUAUAGAUGCAUUUCUUCAAUAUAAGUAUACAGUGUGUUUGUGAUGGUUUAAGCCGCUUAAUUACUGUUGCAAAGGUGCCUUGUUCCUGAGGUGAAAACUUCCUUGGAUCAUAGAAGAAAAAUCAGAAAUCAAAAAGAUUUCAGUCCAAAUGCUAAUACUAAUAUCUUAGUAUUAGAUUUUCCUACAGGAUUUUCCAAAUCUUUCAUUCGUGUUCUUUUAAAAGAUUGUCUUGAUUAAUAGAAACAUUGCCCAUGUUAGAGUUCUCAGAUACAGUUAUCCUUGUUAUUCCCCAACAUGCUACCGAGGGAAUUCUGGGAAUUGAAGUCUAAACAUCAAGUUGCUAAGGUUGAGAAAUAGACCAUUGAGUUAUGGCUCUCCUCUCAUCAUCAUCAUGUCACAUAGAAUCACAUCUGGGGGCCAUCCAGCAGCAUCAAUAGGAAGGGUCAAAAAAGCUAAGUCCUUUUGUAGAUGUGUACAGAUGUAUAAAGGGACAGGACUUUUAUCAUGAUGCUCCUGUGGAAAUCUUGUUUCACCCCAUAGGUUGGCACGGUGGGCACCAGUUUGGGGAAGUUGUGGGCACUUUAACUACUUAGCAGAAAAAUUCUUCAACUUCCUGUACGGAACAUUACAAUGGAACAUAUAUUUUUAAUUAUAAAUUGCACAGAUCUGAUGAAUAGAAUGUGAUAAUAAAUAGAACAAACGUGUUCCAUCACUCUAGAAGUAAAAUGCCUCCUUCCUCCCUGUGCCCAAAUGUCUAUUUUGUUGUAAUUCUUACUUUUUUUAAAGGUACAGGAAUCAGAAGAGGAAAGUUAAAAUUUCUAGCUGCUACCGUGUUUCCCCGAAAAUAAGACCCUGUCUUAUUUUUUUUGCCACCCAAAAAGGCACCAGGUCUUAUUUUGGGUGGACGUCAUUCACUGAC